AUGGCGGCCUCGUUUGUGCGAGCUGCGAGCCGGCACGCACACACUUCCAAACGGCUUCGUCUCACACCCAGUCUUCAACUCCCCUCGAGGCAGAGACAGUCGCUCUUUUUCUCCCGUUCGAUCUCGUCGACGGCUCCUCGAAAUGCAGAGCCUGGUACCACCGGGCCUGUCUCCCCUGCCAACCCCGAACUUCCUGGCGGUCCCUUAGCCACCACGAUCUCUCCCACCGAUUCUACCUUUACCAAGCACGUCCAGCAGGACUCCAACUUGGUCAAUAAAACCCCCGACAUGAAUUUGGGUGAUGAAUAUGAGACGAGGAAGAUCCGUCAUUAUACCGUCAACUUUGGCCCACAGCAUCCCGCCGCACACGGUGUGCUACGUCUGAUUCUCGAGCUCAAUGGCGAAGAAAUUGUCCGGGCAGAUCCUCACGUCGGACUGCUGCACCGAGGCACGGAGAAGUUGAUCGAGUACAAGACAUAUCUCCAGGCUCUGCCGUAUUUCGACCGGUUCGACUAUGUUUCAAUGAUGACGAACGAGCAAUGCUUCUCCCUUGCCGUUGAGAAGUUGCUCAAUAUCGAUAUCCCGGAACGAGCCAAAUACAUUCGGACCUUGUUUGGGGAGAUUACCAGGAUCCUGAACCACCUGAUGUCGAUUCUGUCACACGCUAUGGAUGUUGGUGCUCUGACUCCUUUCCUGUGGGGUUUCGAGGAGCGAGAGAAGCUCAUGGAAUUCUACGAGCGUGUCUCCGGUGCACGAUUGCAUGCUGCAUAUGUUCGUCCUGGUGGUGUCAAGGCUGAUCUUCCGCUCGGAUUACUGGACGAUAUCUAUGCCUGGGCUACCCAGUUUGGCGAUCGCAUUGAUGAGACUGAGGAACUCCUGACAGACAACCGUAUCUGGAUCGGCAGAACAAAGGGCAUUGGGGUCGUUUCCGCCGCUGAUGCUCUCAACUACUCGUUCUCUGGUGUCAUGUUGCGAGGCUCCGGCGUCCCCUGGGACAUUCGGAAAAGCCAGCCGUAUGAUGCCUACGAUAAAGUCGAAUUCGAUGUGCCAGUGGGUCAGAACGGUGACUGCUAUGAUCGAUACCUGUGCCGAAUGGAAGAGUUCCGACAGUCUUUGCGCAUCAUUCAUCAAUGCUUGAAUCAAAUGCCUCCUGGUCCUGUUAAAGUGGAAGAUUACAAGAUCGCGCCACCUCCGCGAGCGGCCAUGAAGGAGAACAUGGAAGCUCUUAUUCACCACUUUUUGCUCUUCACCAAGGGCUACACUGUUCCUCCAGGAGAUACCUACAGCGCAAUUGAAGCUCCCAAGGGCGAAAUGGGUGUCUACCUCGUCAGCGACGGAAGUGAACGACCAUACCGAUGCAAAGUUCGAGCUCCUGGGUUCGCCCACCUGAGCUGUUUCGAUCAGAUCAGCCGUGGCCAUCUACUUGCGGACGCAGUGGCUAUCAUUGGAACAAUGGACCUUGUAUUCGGUGAGGUGGACAGAUAG